AUGACCCAAUCAGAUUAUGUGCCAGAAUCAGGAAGGCAUUGGGCAAACGGACUGACCUAUCAAUCAACAAGAUCCAACAUGAGCAAGAGCGUCAAACCAGACAAGACAGAGGCAUGUCUAGCAGGUGACACAUCUGGUGAAACUGAUUUUUCCAAAAUCGACAUUAAUACAAAGCCAUAUAUUGACACAGCAUGCCAAGCAUCGUCAAACACAAUAAUUGCAGCAAUAAAGUCGUACAUUGAUCAAAACAAUGAGGCACACAAGGAUAUGAUUGCCAAACUAAAUGAAACGUUUAGACUUAUGUUUCAACCAAAUUCAGCAGACUCAUUGUCAAGACACUACUAG